UCAUUCUUUCUCCUCUCUUCCCAUCCGAAUGAGCAAUAACCCCCACAUUAUAUCCUGCUGUUGAACAUCUAUAUAUUGCACAUUUCGCACCUAUUUUGAUAGUAGAUAGUCGGGAUGAAUCAGCCUAAUAGGAUUGACUCAUGGUUGUUACAAGAUGAUGAGAAACCAUUAACGAUCACGGAGGACCCCAAACUGCCCAACGCCUCCACUAUAGUCAUACGACGACAGGAUCAUACAUUGGGAAACAUGCUCAGAGCACAAUUAAUGCUCGACCCUACUGUUCUCUUCGCGGGCUACAAAGUUCCUCACCCUCUUGAAAACGACAUUCUUCUCAAAAUCCAGACCGACGAGCGGUCAAAUCCUGCAGAGGCUCUCAAACGUGCUUGUCAUGAACUGAUCCGGCAAACCGUACACAUCAAAGCUCAAUUCCAACAGCAAGCAAAGAACAUCGAGAUGGGUAUGGGUCCCGAACAAGGAGUCGCUCCAGAUGCAGCAGGUGCGAAUGGGGCGUACGAUCCGUAUGGGGAUGGGUUCGGGAGGGAGGGCAAUGUGGUCGUCGGCGGUGCAGUGAGGGACCAGGGGCAGGAUGUAUACGACUUUUAGAAUGUUUGUGAGAUUGAAAAAUCCUUGUUGUAAAGUUAUUGUCAGCAGUACUCAAAUAUGCAUAAACUAAAGGC